GGAGUGCGGAAAGACACGCAGGCACAGGCAGAACAGUGAAACAGCCGGGAAGGAGCAAAAUGGCGCGAGCUAAUGGGAGAUCCCAAAACCUGAGGGACAAAUUGGACGGGAAUGAACUGGACCUGAGCCUGAGCGAUUUGAGCGAAGUGCCUGUUCGGGAUCUGGUGGCCAUUCCCAAGGCGACAGCUCUGGACCUUUCCUGUAACAAGCUGACUACCUUACCGGAUGAUUUCUGCAAUCUAAGUCACAUUGUGAGACUGGAUCUCAGCAAGAAUCAGAUAGUACAGCUUCCUUCAGAAUUUGGUAGACUGAUGAACCUGCAACAUCUUGACCUGCUACAGAACCACCUAAUGUCGCUGCCUGUCUCCUUUGCACAGUUGAAGAGUCUGAAGUGGCUAGAUCUGAAGGACAAUCCACUGAAACCAGAUUUGGCUAAGGUAGCUGGUGACUGCCUAGAUGAAAAGCAGUGCAAAGAGUGUGCCCAAAGGGUUCUACAGUAUAUGAAAAGUGUCCAGUCCGAUCAUGAGAUAGAGCUACAGCGCAAGCUUCAGUUAGAUAAAGAACGGAAGAAGAAACUUGAGGCAAAGCAAAGGGUUAAAGAGGAGCAGGAGAGGGAGAUGAGAAAAAGGAAGAAGCAACAGCAGAAGGAGCGCAAAAGACGGGAUUACAACGCUAUGCAGGAAGCCGAGAGAGCGCUUAAUAGUAAUAAGAAAGCAGAGGAGGAACCUACUGAAAACCACAAACGAUUGGCCACACCCAAGGAAAAGAAGCUGGCCCAACGGCAAUCAAGGCUAAGGAAAAUCGCUUGCAUUCUUUUGUUUGGGCUCUUGGUGGUGCUUUUAGUUGUGGUGGCCUGUCGUUUCACAGACCUGAAGGCCAUCAACAUGUGCACAAGUGUUAAUGCCAUCUAUAAGGAGACCCUGAGUGCUCUUCACAGUAACCCUGUGCUAGAAAGGUUUCUGCAGGAUCCAUCCUCACAGUAGCGUGGCCCUUCCCUUUUUAAUUCAGUUGUGUAUUAAGUAGGGGUGUUGGCAUUCCUGUUCUAUUUGUGAGCCAAGUUACCAUCUGGUUUACGGUCUCUCAUUUGUUGAGGCUUAUGGUGGGUGCAGCCCUGUUGUUCAUCAGUGUUCUUCCCAAACAUGUGUAUGAUUCCUGUUUUGUUUUAAUAAAAUGAGUGUGUAUGUGUCUAUAUGGGAAGGGGUGGCUCCCCACUUCUAGGUCUGACUGUUUUCCCUCUUCCCCUGUAUCUGUACAUGUUACACAUGUGCACACUAAUGGAGAGCAGGCAACGGUAAAAAGAAGUUGUAUUUCUUAAUCAUAAAAAAGCCCCAACUUCCUUUAAUGGAGGAGCUACCUCCAUAAUUUGGGCCUCAUACCACUGUGCUUCGGAGGGAUGGUUGGAGCUGGUCUCCAAAACAAAACCUAAUACUAUGAAUACAAAAUCAUUGCACAUAGGGCAGACACCCUAUUCCAAGGUACCAUGCUGCUUCAGGUUCUUCGAUCAUUCACAAUGGUAUCGAUGUUUUAACUGCCAUGUAUUAUACUGUGUAUUUGGUAAAUCAGCACCAGCCUUCCCAUCUGUCACAGUUGAGAAUAAAUACUGAUUUGGUUACUGA